AUGCAUCAAUUCGAGUUCAUCAACCAGGAUGCGAGCAAUCGCAGCCUGAGCAAGUCGGAUCAUAGCACCAUUCGGAGUGUCUCCAGGCGGGUCGGUGCAGCGACACGGAGAGAAAAGAAUGCUGGAACAAGGACCAAUGCAUUGCAAAUACCUGACUUCUUGGUGGCGUCGGAAGAAGAAGACUACACUUCCAACAACACUUACUCCGCGCAUGUCCAGCAGCUUGACGAUCCGCCCGAGGCUGGCUCCGAUUCCGACAUGCAUCAUCAAACUCCAGCAUUGGUGGUUUCUGGGCGGGCGCAGUGGAAGUCAGAAGCCAGAAUCACUUCUCUGGCGCGUUAUACUCCAGAUGGGCGAUCAUUUCCACAGCAAGUCUGCAUAUUUAUGCUGCCUGGCCUCACAGCCAAAAUUCUGACGCAUGUUGUGAGCGCGGAUGUACACAACAACCAACUACGGUGGGUCAAGGCAUGUAGGCUGGGCCAGGAAUCGAUUUUGGGCCUGUUGCCGCGGCGGUAUGGUCAUAGCAAGUGUCUAGAUGAUGCCAUCAACUGUGUUGCUGGACGCAUAUGCUUGAGUCUGGUAGAAAGCAACGAUCGACUGGCCCGAUGGCAGAUUGACAGACUCUACGGACGCGCACUGCGGAGUCUGAAUGCUGCUCUCAGCUCAGACUCUGUGGAUUGGACAGCAUGGUAUGCGACAAUGUUGUUGCUGCUUUUCGAGAUACUGGACAACAACAGUGCACAUAGCUGGAUCAAGCAUGCACGAGGUGGCAUUCACGUCCUGCUUGCACUGGGACCAGACCGUAUCAUAACUGAAACUGAUAAGGAUCUCCUGGUCAUCUCAGCAGAAUUGAUAAUCCUGGAAGCCACGUUCGGCAACGUCGACUGUUUCCUGAGCGAACCGAAAUGGCAAAGAGCGCUUGAAGCAACCAUAUUACGCUGUCCGCACCUCAUAGACCGUUCCGAGGCGACGGUUACACUGUUGAUGAUAUUGGCGCGGGCCCCCGACUUGUUCAGGAAAGUCACGGAGGUCGUCGCCCAACAGCGUUUGCAACCACAGGACCAGCUGGUGAAUUGUCUUCGAGGUUUGAUCAACGCUUUGUCAAACUGGGCGGACUACUGGGAAAAGCACCUAUCCAACGAUGGUGAUUCGGAAACGAGGACUGGACUCUCUUCCACAGAAUCUGCUCGAGGACGGUACCUCUUAACGAGGUACUUGACGUUCCUGGCUUUGGCAAACCGCUUCCUCUGCGCAAUCGAACCGACCUUAGGCGCCAUUGCGGAGCGAAACGCCCUGGAAGCAGCAUCGGAGAUUGCAUUCGUCUCUCAGACCCACGACCUCGACACGGUUUCUGGACUGGGUCUGAGACUUGCCGAUAAAGUCGCCCAGUCAAUCCAAGAUAGCGCAGCAGACUGGUCAUAUUCGAUGUCACUCAGGACAUUAAGCGAAUCUCGAACCAUCAAUGUAGAGACCUUUUCGUCCUGGUGUGCAUUGCUGGGGAGGGUGGUGUAG